UUCGGGUUUGACAACACUAGCGUCAAACGCCUGAUACUUACGUGAAAAAAAAACACUUCAUACCUUGCACGUUGUGGUGGUAGCUCUGUAGCUACGUCACAGGAAGAGCGCGCUUAGUACGGCCUUUAACAAGCUCUGUGAAUAAGCGGUAGUGGUUGAAAAUAUUAGGGAAUUGUGCUGUCAUUUACAGGUACAUUAAUUAUGGCAACAUUUUUAGCUCCAGUAAUUCAAGAUAACCCGUUAGGAUGGGGACCUUGUGCUGUUCCAGAACAGUUCAAAGAUAUGCCUUAUCAGCCAUUCAGCAAAGGAGACCGUCUUGGAAAGGUUGCUGACUGGACUGGGGCUACAUAUCAAGACAAGAGAUACACAAAUAAGUACUCUUCACAGUUUGGUGGUGGUAGUCAGUAUGCUUAUUUCCAUGAAGAGGAUGAGACCAGCUUCCAGCUUGUGGACACUGCUAAAACACAGAAAACUGCCUACCAGAGGAAUCGUAUGAGGUUUGCACAGAGGAAUCUUCGAAGGGAUAAGGAUAGACGGAACAUGGUGCAGCUUAACUUGCAGACACUGCCCAAAAGUGCCAAGCAGAAGGAGAGAGACCGCCUGAGACUGCAAAAGAAGUUCCAGAAACAGUUUGGUGUGAGGCAGAAAUGGGACCAGAAGUCUCAGCUAAAGCCUCGUGACUCUUCUGUGGAAGUACGCAGUGAUUGGGAGGUAAAAGAGGAAAUGGAUUUCCCCCGCUUGAUGAAGAUGAGAUACUCUGAUGUUUCAGAUCCUACAGACAUUGAGUGCUGUGGUCCCUGGAGUACUACGACAAGGCUUUUGACAGAGUAACAACAAGGACUGAAACCUCUGAAGAGCAUCAAGAGGAUAUUCCAUACAGUGACUACCACAGAUGACCCUGUUAUAAGAAAGUUGGCAAAGACUCAAGGAAAUGUGUUUGCGACUGAUGCUAUCCUGGCCACUCUGAUGUGCUGCACCCGGUCCGUAUACUCUUGGGAUAUUGUUGUCCAGAGAGUAGGCUCCAAGCUGUUCUUUGAUAAACGAGACAAUUCGGACUUUGAUCUUCUGACAGUGAGUGAAACUGCAAAUGAACCUCCCCAAGAUGAAGGAAACUCCUUUAACUCCCCAAGAAACUUGGCUAUGGAAGCCACUUACAUCAAUCACAACUUCUCACAGCAGUGCCUGAAGAUGGGUAGUGAAAAAUUCAAAUUUCCGAACCCAAACCCUUUCGUUGAGGAUGAUAUGGAUAAGAGUGAGGUGGCUUCGGUAGCUUACAGGUAUCGAAGGUGGAAGCUGGGAGAUGACAUUGAUCUUAUUGUUCGAUGUGAGCAUGACGCAGUGAUGACGGGAGCCAGCAGUGAAGUAUCAUUCAUCAAUGUCAAGACACUGAACGAGUGGGAUUCAAGGUAUUGUAAUGGAGUGGACUGGCGCCAGAAACUGGAUUCACAGAGAGGUGCAGUCAUUGCAACAGAGUUGAAAAAUAACAGCUACAAAUUAGCAAGAUGGACUUGCUGUGCCUUGCUAGCAGGCUCUGAAUAUCUUAAACUUGGGUACGUCUCUCGCUACCAUGUAAAAGAUUCUUCCCGUCAUGUUAUCCUGGGAACCCAGCAAUUUAAGCCUAAUGAGUUUGCUAGCCAGAUCAACUUGAGUAUGGAGAAUGCAUGGGGUAUCUUGCGCUGUGUUGUCGAUACUUGUAUGAAACUUGAUGAAGGAAAGUACCUCAUUCUGAAAGACCCUAAUAAGCAAGUAAUUCGUGCCUACAGCCUGCCAGAUGGAACUUUCAGUUCUGAUGAAGAAGACGAAGAUGAUGAUGAAGAUGAAGAGGAGGAGGAAGAAGGUAUGAAACUAAGCAGUCUCCUUUUUUGUGAUUUUUCAAGGCUGUUGCCGAAAUCUUUGCUUGAGGAGUUAAGAUACUGGAUUUUCCUAGACUGUAUAAAGAUGGAUGAAUUGUCCUAA